AUGCCUCUGCUUUUUCUGAAAAUGAAUCAAUCACUCUUCUUAGACUUUCUACACGCCCAACACCAUUCGAUCUAUAUUCCCAAUUAUUUACAAGCAUUCGAUUAUCCCAAUGCAGAUGAAACACCGUUACCAUUUCAACAAAAUGAACAAGACGACGAUCGAUAUCCUGACGGUUUCGAUCCAUUUCAAUUCGAAGUUUUUCAAGCAAAUUCAACGACCGAUUCUAUAAAUAACGAAUUCGAGAAUGUCACAGCACCUGAUUCCACAUCGAUGAAUUCAAUGAACACAAACGAAUCGACUUCAAUCAUUGAACAGACCACUCCAAUACAAAACAGUACUCAAUCAAUUUUGUUUAUCAAUGACACAACUCCAUUGAAUAAUGAAACAACUUAUUCAAAUGAGCUGACAACAUCUCCGCUCACCACGGAUACAUUCGUGUUUACAUCAAAUUCUUCGAUAGAGAAUCAAUCCGUACCCAUAGAUACUCGAAUGAAUGAAACAACCGAGAAUAGUUUCAAUGAGAAUGUCACGCUUAGCACAUUUUUAAAAAACAACACUUAUUUGAUUUUCAAUCUGUUGAAUCGAACUCGUUUUCACGGUAAACAUUUAGCUCAUCAUAAAUCCUUCGAUAUUUAUAACACGACACCCGAAGAAGCAGCUCGACAUUUAACUGAUCGAAAAGCAAUGCAAUCGCUGAUACAUCUACUUCCACCGAACUUAUGGUCCCAAAUACAGAAAAACUUUUCGAUUAUCAAUUUUAAUAAAACAAAGUAUAAUCAACCAUCACUACCCGACCCUGUUAUACUUGCUGAAGCGGCUGCACAAGCAGGUUUGCCUGGCCCAGGGCCCUACCCCAUACCGGAUCAUCUUUGGUAUCAGAGUGGAAAUUAUUUUCGAAAUCCAGCUUAUUUUAUGAAUACUAUUCCCAAACUUGAAUCAACAACAACCACGACAUUAACUUCAACUACGACGAAAUCAACAUAUAAACCAGCUCGAUCAUCGCCAGCGCAUGUUUUCUUUCGAUUACCUAUCGCUCAACCAGCAUACCCAGCUAAGAUAGUUACGGUCAAGCCGGCAACGACUCUUUCAUCAAUUUCUAAACUGAAUGAAUACCGACCAAGACCUAUCAUACCUAUGAAGCCCAUACCACCAUCCAUAACAACAUCGACAACGACGACAUCGUCAGCUAAACCAAAUAUUCAAUCUUUACUUGCUCAAAUUGGUUUUACGUGCCCGGCAGGUGUAACCGGUAUUCGUUUUCCUGAUCAACGAUUAUGCAAUAUGUAUUUUACAUGCACACAAUCCGGUUUACCUGAGCCAUCACUUUGUCCUGAAGGUUACCUUUUCUCCGAAAUCUCUCGUGACUGUGAACUUGCUUCACAUGUCAAUUGUGGAUCACGGUUAUCAACGAUCUUUGACAUCAAUGACAAUCCCAAUGGUGACAGUAAAAUAUUGUUCACCACAACUUCUACCACCACGACCACCACGACCACCACCACUACUACUACAACUACGACGACGACUCGCAGGACAACUACAACUACAACGACUUCUACGACAACUAGAGCUACUACAUCUUCAACAAGCACUACUACAGAGAAAAUAACAACAUCAGCUCGGUUACAACCAAACGUCGUCAAUGGUACUCUUGAAUGCGUUCUCGGAGCUGAUGGUUACUAUGAAGAUCCACUCUAUUGCAAUGUUUAUCAUCACUGUCUAGCUGGUAUUGAUUAUAUCGAGCAUUGUCCCAAUCAACUAGCUUGGAAUGAGAAGAAAAAGAUGUGUGAUUGGACAACCAAUGUGAAUUGUUCAGGUAAAACAAUGCCUGUGGUUCAAGGUAAAACUUCGUUUUGUACCAAUCGACAAGAUGGUCGAUACGCAUCGGAGACAUACUGCAAUGCAUUUCAUCACUGCAUCGGUGGUACGGACCACAUCGUUCGAUGUACAGGAGAAUUGCAAUGGGAUGAUCACAAGAAAGAAUGUGGUUGGGAAUCAUCUGUUCAUUGUGGGACACCGAAGAAGAUGUUACCUAAUGAAAACAAAUUCAACUCAACAUUUUGCACAGGAAAAACGGACGGAUCCUAUUCUCACGAAGAGUAUUGUAAUGUGUAUCAUGUAUGUGAAUCAGGCGCGGAUAAUAUGCGUCAAUGUCCUCAUCAAUUAUUUUGGGAUAAUGAACAACAAAAAUGUGAAUGGUCACAUAAUGUUCGAUGUACCGGUCGUACACUUAUCGCAUUGUCAAUGGAAUCGAGCUUGUUUUGCAUGGAAAAAACAGAUGGGUUUUACAUUGAUCUGAUUUAUUGCAAUGUGUAUCAUCAGUGUAUGGCUGAUAUUGAUGUGAAACUACGUUGCCCGGAACGACUGGUAUUUAAUGAAACAUUGAAGCGAUGUGAUUGGCCAGAAUCAACUAUUUGCAAAGGUGGAAAUAUUCUACUAGAAGGCGAAGAUUCGAAUGAAUUUUGUUCUGACAAACCCAAUGGGAACUUUGCUCACGAACAAUAUUGUAAUCGUUAUUACAUAUGUCAAAAUGGUAAAGACGUCGUAUUUACCUGCCAGAAUAACUUACGAUACUCAAUCGAAAAGAAUGAAUGCGAUUGGGCAGUGAAUGUCGAUUGCCAAGGCAAACCUGAUUAUAUGUGGGAAGGUAUCAAAGAGAACUUCUGUAAACGUCUCCCGGACGGAAACUAUCCCGAUAUACGUUUUUGUAACAUAUUCCAUCAAUGUCAAGCGGCGAUGGAUUAUCCAAAACGAUGUCCGAAUAGACUGAUGUUCAAUGAUGAUACAAAAGAAUGCGACUGGGAAGAUAAAGUGGAUUGUAAAGGUCGAGAAAAACUUAUCGACACCGAAGGUCUUGAUGAUGAAGUUCGUCCCGGUUCAAAUAAUACGCGAGGACGCUCGACAAAAUUCUGUAUGUUGAAACAAAAUGGUGACUAUGCGGAUUCAUACUAUUGCAAUGUUUAUCACAAUUGUCAUGGUGGAUUUGAUACAAUUCAAUAUUGUACGAGAGGACUAGUUUGGCGACAAGAUACUCCUUCCAGUGGCCAUUGUGAUUGGUCGAAGGAUCGAGCGCCUGAUGGAGCAGAUUGCAAUGGAAAAGCUCUAUUCUUUGUCGAGAAAUUAGCGGAGACCGAUAUAUUAUCAAAUCUACGCUCAGAAUUUUGUAUAAGCAAAGGUGCUGGCCUCUACGAACAUCAGCGUUAUUGUGAUCUCUAUCUACAAUGCAAUGAACAAGGCGUAGGCGUCACGAUGGAAUGUAGCCCGGGUUUAGUUUUUAAUGAAAAAAAGAAAGAAUGUGACUAUCAAGGAGAUACGAAUGACAAUGCAAAGGGUACAUUAUGUUUGACUCCACGAAGUUUUCUACGGUCGAAACCCAAAGUUGAUGUGGCUUCGAUCUUAUUCGAAGGUGUCGACGCUACCGGUCAAUUUCCAACACGUUUUGAUUGUAUCAAUAAAGAUCAACAAAAUAUGUUCGCAGACUUAGAUUGGUGCAACAUUUAUCAUGUAUGUAUCGGUAAUCGAGAUAAUAUAUUUUUAUGUCCGCCGGGUACGAUAUUCAACGAUACGAAACAAGGCUGUAUGGAUCGUUAUAAUGGCAUGAAUUGUAACGGUACACGUGCUUACUAUAAACCAACAGCAAACCGACAAAAACAUAUCGAUUUAUCGUCUAUACCAAGAAAAAGGGUCCCCGUAGAGAAUCGCCACUUCGCAGAUAUGAAACGUUUACCAAUGAAUAAUUAUCACCGGCGAGUCCCGUACGAAUGGAGAAAUCCGCAGCGUUCAAGACAGUACGAUGAGAAUGAUGACGAUGGUUAUGUAGAUGAAUCUUUUCGAUGGCGACGACAACAUCGAGAUUAUUAA